GGAGAGCAGCAGCGGGUCGCUCUGCUUUUGGCUCUUGCUAACUAUGCCGUGUCCUCCUUCUGUUCAGCUUAUAGUUGGGUUUUUUUCCCAAAGGACCUUCUCAGGAAAUAAGCUGCAUCAUUGACUGCUUUUCUUCUUUGGUUGUAUUCAUAAACUUACUUUUCUGUGCCUUUGUAGUAGUCGCUUUUGCCUCAAGCACAAAGUAAUCAUUGUUGGUCUGGAUAAUGCAGGAAAAACAACCAUCCUUUACCAGUUUUCUAUGAAUGAAGUGGUGCAUACGUCUCCUACGAUAGGCAGCAAUGUAGAAGAGAUAGUGGUUAAUAACACACGAUUUCUAAUGUGGGAUAUUGGAGGGCAAGAGUCUCUUCGAUCUUCAUGGAAUACUUAUUAUACAAACACAGAGUUUGUCAUUGUUGUUGUGGACAGCACAGACAGAGAGAGAAUUUCUGUAACUAAAGAAGAACUUUAUAAAAUGUUAGCACAUGAGGACUUAAAGAAAGCAGGGUUGCUUAUUUUUGCUAACAAACAAGAUGUUAAAGAGUGCAUGACGAUAGCUGAAAUAUCCCAGUUUCUGAAACUAACUUCAGUUAAAGAUCACCAGUGGCAUAUCCAGGCAUGUUGUGCUCUGACUGGCGAAGGAUUGUGCCAAGGACUUGAAUGGAUGAUGUCGAGACUUAAAAUCAGAUGAUUUUUAAUUAUCUCUUUGCACCGACAUUGCAUAAAAUGCUGUACCAAUGGAUACCUGGUUUACCUGUGCUUAUGGUAACCUGGAAAUUAAUGGGUUAAGUGUAUUUAUAAUAAAACUGAGUUCAACUUUAUUUUCUACAUUAUCACCACCACUUUGAAAACAGAUGAAGAUGAACGCUCUAGUUUGUUUUCCCAUUAGUUUCCUCAGAAGAUAGGUUUAAAAACUGUGGUUGCUUUCUUCUCAAGAUAAAGCCACUCAGGACUCUACGUUUGGUGAGUAUGAAGUGAGAGGAAGGAAUUUUUAACUUUACAUUUUGUAUUCCAAUAUAAUCCUCCUAGUUGAAGAUGUUGGCCUCAUUAUUCCAGUAAAUUAGCAAGCAAAUCAGUGGUAUAGGUAUUAACUUUCUAGUAUUUUAAAGACUUAUUGAAAUGUACUACAGAUAAAAAAAAAUCCCUCUGUGUACUGUACAUAUUUGUGCAUAUUUAUACCUUAAAUUUAGAGUAACUGAAAUCUGUUCAAGAAAAAGUGAAUAACACUGAAUCUCCAUGUACUGAGUACUAAUGCUGAGAUUGUUGACGUCACAACUGUUUUUCUUUUGUUCUCUGUACUGCUCUAACCAUCACCAAAUAAUUGGUGCACCAUUUCUUUAUAAAAUGAAAUCUCUUAAGACUA